GGCCACGUGAUAAAAGCCACAGGAAAACGCGGGGUCAGUCGGUCGAUUCACACAACUGAGAAGUUGAUCAAGCUGGAUUAACCUGCGAAGCUCAGGAUGCUCCGUGUUUUGUGGCUGUUCGCCGCCCUUGACUCGGUGCUCCUGUCGGACACGGGCAUGCUGUUUCCCCGGGAGUCCUCCUCCAGAGAGGUGAAAGAGCUGAACGGGCUCUGGGUAUUUAGGGCUGACAGAUCCCCUAACAGGAACCAGGGCUUCGAGAGGGCUUGGUACAAAAGUCGCCUGGCAGAGACUGGCCCUGUAAUCGACAUGCCGGUUCCUGCCAGCUACAAUGACAUCACCCAGGACCCCACACUGAGAGAUUUCAUUGGCUGGGUGUGGUACGAGCGAGAGGUAACGGUUCCUGCCCGCUGGAUCACUGAUGAAGGCAUACGAGUGGUUCUCAGAGUGGGAAGUGCUCACUAUUACUCUGUAGUGUGGGUGAAUGGUGUCAAGGUGACAGAACAUGAAGGCGGCCAUCUGCCUUUUGAGGCUGAAAUAGGGACCUUACUACGUAAAGAGCCAAUCAUCCUAUGCAGGAUCACCAUCGCUGUGAACAACACUCUGACUCUGCACACUCUCCCUCCAGGCAGCAUCCAGUACAUGAAUGACCGUACAAGGUAUCCUGAUGGGUUCUUUGUUCAAAACACCAAUUUUGAUUUCUAUAACUAUGCUGGGAUACACCGUCCUGUGCUAUUAUAUACGACUCCUAAAGCCUACCUGGAUGACAUCACCGUGGUUACAGAUUUCAUGGAUAAUACAGGAUUGGUUAGGUAUAGUGUUUCAGUCCAAGGAGCAGCCUCAGCUACUGUGAAGGUGACUUUAAUGGACACAGGAGGUCACUGUGUUGCUUCCUCCAAUGAGCCUUCUGGGGUGCUCAAAGUGGCAGAUGUCAAUCUGUGGUGGCCAUACUUGAUGCACGAGAAUCCAGGUUAUCUUUACUCUUUGGAGGUUCGCCUAAUGGCUGCUGAUGAGAGAUCAACAUACGAGGAUGUUUAUGCUCUACCAGUUGGCAUCCGCACAGUUAACGUCACCAGCACCCAGUUCCUCAUCAACAACAAGCCUUUCUAUUUUCAUGGAGUCAAUAAGCAUGAAGAUGCUGAUAUUCGAGGUAAAGGUUUGGACUGGCCCCUUGUCGUCAAGGACUUUAACUUGAUAAAGUGGUUGGGGGCCAACUCGUUCCGCACCAGCCACUACCCCUAUGCUGAGGAGAUUCUGCAGAUGUGUGACCGCCAUGGCAUCGUGGUGAUAGAUGAGAGCCCAGGGGUCGGCAUUAAAGACAUUCGCAGCUUUGGAAACGCCUCCCUGACCCACCACCUAGCUGUUAUGGAUGAGCUUGUACGGCGGGACAAGAACCAUCCAUCUGUGGUCAUGUGGUCCGUAGCUAAUGAGCCCGCCUCAGAGAUGCCCCCUGCUGAAAAUUAUUUCAAGAUGUUGAUAUUGCACACCAAAGCUUUGGACCCUACCCGACCUGUAACCUACAUCACGGCCAGUAACUACGCAUGGGACAAAGGAGCUCCCUUUGUGGAUGUCAUCUGUGUAAACAGCUACUUCUCCUGGUACCAUGAUCCGGGCUACGUGGAGUUAAUCUCUCUGCAGCUCAAUACCCAGUUUGAGGACUGGUAUGGAAAAUACAAGAAGCCCAUCAUCCAGAGCGAGUAUGGAGCAGAUGCGGUGCCAGGGAUUCAUAAUGAUCCACCUGUGAUGUUUACUGAAGAGUAUCAGAAAGUGGUCCUGCAGAAUUACCACAAUGUGUUUGACCAGAAGAGGAAGCAGUAUGUCAUCGGUGAACUCAUCUGGAACUUUGCUGACUUCAUGACUACACAAGGGAUCACACGUGUGGUGGGGAACAAGAAGGGGAUUUUUACUCGGCAAAGGCAACCCAAAGCAGCAGCAUUCCUCCUCAAGGAGAGAUACUGGAAACUGGCAAAUGAAACUGGCACACUGCCUCUCUGGACCAAGUACCCCUGCCCACUGUGACUGACACAGGUGUUUAGGCCCCCAGGACUGCCUCAGUUGCAUUGAAAGCCAUGUCUUCUGAUUUUAGUAUUUACACUCAAAUUAUGUCUAAUCAAAAAUAUGUAAAGGUCUACUCCUAAAUAAACAGGGAAAAUUCGAUAAAGCUAACAAAACAAGAACCACAGCUCACACUCAGAAACUAUUACAAAGCACAGUUUCCAUUCCCCCUUAUUAGCUGCUGGAAUCUCCUACUGGAGACUCCCAUCCUUUUUUUGUGGCACCACCAUUACAUUAUUUUUCCCAAUUUUGAUUUUUAUGUUUUACAGUAAGCAGAUAGGAAAGGGGUGGAUAGAGGGAGAAGACAUGCAGUAAAGGUUGCCUGGGCUGAGAGUCGAACCUGCAAUGGCUCCCGUCGAGGACUGAAGCCUCUGAAUAUAUGACGUGUGUGUUGCUGUGCCACCGCCAUGCCCACCCAUCUAUUAUAGUA